CCGGAACACACGAGCGAGUGCUUGCUGUGGUGACAUCAGUUGGAGAGAGCGAUCGGUCGAGAUGCCUCCCGGUCCCGGCGUCGCAGACCAGGCGGCGCCGCCGCGGAGCCCUCUCCGGGGCAACGGCGCCAUGCCGCCGCAGAGCCCGCUCCGCAUCAAGCAGGACGGCAAGUUCUACGAGCGGCUCCUCACCAGGGAGAGCUCCGCGGCCAACCUGUCGUUCCGGUACUACUGGGCGGAGCCGGGCGCGGUGCCGUUCGUCUGGGAGUCGCAGCCGGGCACGCCUAAGGACGUCGCACGGACGGCCACCGGCGCGCUCCCAGCCAUCACGCCGCCGCCGUCGUACCUUCUCCGGCACGGCAACGUCGCAGUCGGUAGGCAGGUGGCGGCCGCCUCGGUGGCACGCCGUGACCCGAAGAGCGGCGGCAGGGCGGCGGCGAGGAGCGGCAAGAAGCGGCGCUGCAGGCUCAAGAGGAUCAGGAUCAGCUUCGUCGCCGGCAUCUUCCGGCGGCUCAGCCUCGGGAAGAGGUGGCGGCAGCGCCCGGCGCCGCCGGCCAAGGUGUGGUCGUCAUCGUCUUCCAGCCGGUGGCUCUUCUCCUCGGUGGCCACGGAGACGGGCGAGCACAGCCUCCACCAGGUCCAGGAUGAGAUCGCCGUUCCCGCGCACCCGAAACAGCACAGGACCGUGCCGGUGCCGUGCAGGUGCAGCUUUCCCGCCAUGUGGCUGCUGCGCUUCCGCAACAGCUUCGGCCACGGCUGGGCGUAGAAGAUCUCGAUCGCUCUCCAGCGUGGGUGGCGACAAGGAAUCGCAAGUCAGAAAGUGGUUUAUGUUAUGGUUACGAAAUAGGUUAACGAUUUCUAUCGCUGCCAGUGAGGCCAAGUAAUUAAGUGUGUUUGUUGUAUAUUGCCCAGCGCUAGCUAGGUAUCUAGCUGUGUAUAAAACUUUAUCCUUGUGUUCAUCGUGUUUAGGGAUCAUGAUUCAUGAAGUUCACGAGUUUGGAAAUAUCCGGUUAACGUUCGUAAUAUAUUAUGCAUGCGCACUUCUUCUGUUGAA